CCAAAAAUAUGAAUUUAUUUAUCACUAAAUUUAUUAACAAAAACUAUUUAUCUGCUGCGAUAUCGGCGGUAAUAUUGGCUACCAAUUACUCGUAUUAUAGAUACCGUUACCAAACAUAUACAGAUUGCCAACCAUUGUUGUCACCACCACUACCACCACCACAGCCGAUGAUAAUUAGACGUACUUUGAUGACAUGGGCCGGAAGUAAUCCACAUAUUGACGAUUUAUUCCAACAAAACCGAUCAUCGGUUGUCUACGUAGUACCGCAAAAUCGUGACCAAUUGGACUGCGAUACAUUCGGUACGGGAUUCAUUGUCCAAUGUGACGACCCGGACAACUGUCUAGUGAUAACCAAUUAUCAUGUGUGUUACGACAGUCCAGUAGUGGGCGUCAAAUUUGCGGUCAAUUAUACUAAUGGAGAUAUACUACGUGAUAUAGACCCGCAAUCUAUGAAUGAACCGCUAACAUAUUUGUGGUCUCAAGUGGUAUACGUCGAACCGUACCGGGAUCUGGUACUCGUACGUCUACCGCCGGUAAAACUGGACCUAUUAUGGGCCUUACGACUGGCUAACAAUGAGCCAGAAAUUGGUGAUUGGUUUAUAUUGUUAGGUCAUGGCGAUAUAGCCAAUAGUUUUAAAUACGGUAUUGUUGCCCAUCCUAACCAUCCUAUGGAGUAUGAAAGAGGUCUAUUAGGCCAAAGCAGCGAAAUAGUAUUUGCAAUGAAUUAUUUGCAAUUACAGAUUGUCACACAAAUAACUCCCGGCUAUUCUGGCGGACCGGUGCUCAAUAUGAACGGAGAAGUGAUUGGCGUAUGUUUUGGUAGACGGAUGCCGAAGAUGUCACAGGCGAUCAAAUUGACAGAUAUUAAAGAUUUUCUAGAAUUAGCCGAAUUAUACGACAUGUCUCUUAAUAGUGAAAAUCUGGUGAAUCAACGGCGAUACCGGUUUUCAAAGUCAAUCGGUGUUGUCGUCAAAUAUGACAACCACUCGUAUACAGUCAGAGGCUAUGCGCCAAACGCUAUACUAGUCAAAAAUCAUUUGCUGCCAAAUGACCGGAUUAUCGGUAUUAACGAUAUGGCCAUCCAAUCAAAGUAUCACUUAAGGCAAGCCGUCAAAGAGUGGGAAACAGUAGAUUAUGACAAUUCUCCGGGUAUUAAGCUUCGGGUGAUGAGAAAUAAUCAGGGAUUAGAUGUAUACGUUAAGCCAGAAAUUUUAAGACAUUUGUUUUAUUGAAUUAUUUAUUUAUAGAUCAAUAUUAUAUAAUCUA